AGAAUAUUACCAUAAUUGGAAAUCGAGCGUUUGCAUUUCCACACUACGCCCUUCCUCCGCCGCGCCGACGCCAUGAAGGAAGAGCCGAUCAAUUCCGCCGUCGCCGACGUACAGCAGCAGCUCCACUCUCUCUUAGACUCCGUCUCCCGCGUUCAAAUCCUCAAGGGCAAAUGGUCGCUCAUAGCCACGAAGCUCACUACAUUAAACAACCGCCUUUCCAAUCUAUCCACCUCCGCCGCCGCUGCCGCAGCCAAUAACCCCCUCUCCUCCGACCUCCUCCGCUCCGUCUCCUCCACGUGUUCAUCCGCCGCCUCCCUCUCCGCGCUCUGCCACUCCCCCACUCCCCCCGCGGGAAAGCUCAAAACGCAGAGCGACAUCGACUCCUUGUCGGCGAAGCUGGACGCGCACACCAGCGAUCUCGAGGUCAUCGUCCGCAGCGGCGUGCUCGCGGAGAACGCCGAUGCGGUUAUCAGCAGGAGAGAAUCCGCGCGGGGAGAAAUCCGGUACUUGAUUACUCGGCUGCAGAUCGGUUCGACCGAAUCGAAGAGCUCCGCCCUAGAAUCUCUCAACGGUUUAUUGCAGGAGGACGGGAAGAAUUUACUGAUUGCGGUGGCGCAGGGGAUAGUUCCGGUGCUGGUGCACCUUCUCGACUGCAGUAAUUCACCCGAAUUGAAGGAGAAAUCGGUCAGCGCGAUCGCGAAAAUCUCUACCGAGGACUCGAGCAAGCACGUUUUGAUGGCGGAGGGUUUGGUAUUGCUGAACAAUUUGAUGCGUGUGCUCGAAUCCGGGAGCGUAUUCGCCAAGGAGAAAUCGUGCAUCGCGCUUAGGGUUUUGAGCAAUUCGAAGGAAAACGCGAGGGCGAUUGGAUCGAGAGGAGGAAUCUCGUCGCUGCUGGACAUUUGCCGAGAAGGUUCCCCCAAUUCGCAGGCGCUGGCGGCUGGGGUUUUGCGGAAUCUCGCCGUUUUCGAAGAUGUGAGGGAGAAUUUCAUCGAGGAAAACACAGUAUUGAUACUGCUAGCAUUGUGCGAUUCAGGCACAGCGUUGGCGCAGGAGAAUGCGAUUGGAUGCUUGUGCAAUUUGGUGGCUGAAGACGAUGGUUUGAAGCUGCUUGUUGCAAGGGAAGGUGGAAUUCAAACGCUCAUUGAUAUCUGGAAUUCUUCUCCAACUGCUCAGACUCUGGAGGUGGUUGUGGAGAUGGUGAGAGCAAUGGCUUCCUGCCCGAACAUCGCUGAAUUCCUCGUUGCAAACGGCUUCCUAAGCCGCUUAGUUAGCGUACUAAGCUGUGGCGUUUUAGGCGUUAGGAUCGCAGCUGCCAAAGCUCUGUCUCAUUUGGCUUACAACACCAAAAUAAGGAAGGAAUUGGGGGAAAUGGGGUGCAUUCCUCACCUUGUGAGCAUGUUGGAUGGUAAGGCGGUCGAGGAGAAGGAAGCCGCGGCUGAAUUGCUGUCGAAUCUCAUGAAUUAUCCCGGAAAUAGGAGGGUUUUCAGCAAGGAAGACAAGGGGAUUGUGUGUGCAGUUCAGCUAUUGAAUCCUUCACUAGACACCUUGGAUAAUAAGAAGCAUGCCAUGUCGAUAUUAGGAUCGCUGCUGCAGAGCAAGAAAUGCCAGAAACAAAUAGUGGCGGCUGGUGCCUCUGCUCACUUGCAGAAGCUCGUGGAGGCUGAGGUUGAUGGUGCUAAGAAGCUCCUCGACAGCCUUGGACGGGGGAAGCUGUGGGGCGUCUUUGCCCGCUCUUGACAACACCACCACCCACACGAGGUGAUUGUGUCUCAGUCUCUGUGUAACAUAAUUUAUCUGUUGUUUUUGCUCUGUGAUUUUUUUGGUUGUUUUGUUACACGUUGUGUAUAAACUGUGGUUAAAGUUUGUGGUAGGAAAGUAAAUGUGGUAGCAGUUAGCUGAUGAAAGUUUGUGGUGUAUAACUAACAUGAUUAGUUAUUUGUGUUCAUCACAAUGAAAUGCAAUAAACUAAAUUGACAUGAA